AUGGUUUUAGACGCUUCUUCUGCUACUUCCCACUUACAAUCCUAUUCUAAAAAGGAUGGAUUAGAUGUCAAGACAUUAAUCGAUUCUGCGAACUUUGGUGGUUUGACUUACAAUGAUUUUUUGGUUUUACCAGGCUUGAUUGACUUUCCUUCUUCAAAGGUUGGAUUGGAUACUAAGUUAACCAAGAAGAUUUCGUUAAGAUCUCCAUUCGUUUCUUCUCCUAUGGAUACCGUUACUGAAGAAAACAUGGCUAUUCAUAUGGCUUUGUUAGGGGGAAUUGGUAUUAUUCACCACAACUGUAGUCCUGAUGAACAAGCAGAGAUGGUCAGAAAAGUCAAGAAGUACGAAAAUGGGUUUAUAAAUGACCCAUUUGUCAUUUCUCCAAAUGAAACUGUUGGAGAUGUUAGAAAUAUGAAGGCUGAAUUAGGUUUUACUUCGUUUCCAGUGACUGAAAAUGGUAAAAUUGGUGGUAAAUUAGUUGGUAUUGUCACUUCUAGAGAUGUUCAAUUCCACGACAAUAACGAUUCCAAGGUCUCUGAAAUUAUGACCACUGAAUUAAUUACCGGUGAGAAGGGUAUUGAUUUAUCUGAAGGUAAUGAGUUAUUAAGAUCUUCUAAGAAAGGUAAGUUACCAAUUGUUGACGCAAGUGGUAACUUAGUUUCUUUGAUUUCUUUAACUGACUUGCAAAAGAAUCAAAGUUAUCCUUUAGCAUCUAAGUCUUUCGAUUCCAAGCAAUUAUUGUGUGGUGCUGCUAUUGGUACCGUUCCAAAUGACAGAGAAAGAUUAGAGAAAUUAGUUGCAGCUGGUUUAGACGUUGUAGUAGUUGACUCGUCAAAUGGUUCUUCUAUUUUUCAAUUAGAUAUGCUCAAAUGGAUCAAAUCUAAAUUCCCAGAAUUACAAGUUAUUGCAGGUAAUGUUGUAACUAGAGAACAAGCAGCUUUAUUAAUCGAAGCUGGUGCUGACGGUUUAAGAAUUGGUAUGGGUUCCGGUUCUAUCUGUAUUACCCAAGAAGUCAUGGCUUGUGGUAGACCACAAGGUACGGCUGUUUACAAUGUCACUGAAUUCGCUAACCAAUUCGGUGUUCCAUGUAUUGCUGACGGUGGUAUUGGUAACAUUGGUCACAUCACUAAGGCCUUAGCGUUAGGUGCAUCCUGUGUCAUGAUGGGUGGUUUAUUAGCUGGUACUUCUGAAACUCCAGGUAGUUAUUUCUACAGUGAUGGUAAGAGAUUAAAAUCUUACCGUGGUAUGGGUUCUGUUGAUGCUAUGCAACAAACCUCCACUACAGCCAACGCUUCUACUUCCCGUUAUUUCUCUGAGUCUGAUAAGGUAUUUGUCGCUCAAGGUGUUUCUGGUGCCGUUGUUGACAAGGGUUCAAUUACUAAGUUUGUUCCAUACUUGUAUAAUGGUUUACAACAUUCUUUGCAAGAUAUUGGUACCCCAUCUUUAGACGAAUUAAGAACUAGAGUUGAUAACGGUGAAGUUAGAUUUGAAUUCAGAACUGCUUCCGCUCAAUUCGAAGGUGGUGUUCAUGGCUUACACUCUUACGAAAAGAGAUUACAUAACUAA